UAGGGCAGUGCUCAACUGCCGGCGGAAGGACUCAAGGAUACGAAAAAAUAGUCGAUUCUUGCCGUCUGGGACUGUAUUUGCAUAAGUACUCCGUAUUAUAUAUACCGAUCGGCUUCUACCGUUCUACCAUUCUACCAACGCUUAAACCCAAGGUAUACUUAUUUAUUAUCAGAAGAAAGAAGAAACAAAGAAUAUGGAGGAUGAAGAUUUCAAUAAACCGUGUUUUGUAGUCAGGCCGCACGACGGCACCACAAACUGCUUUGUCCCCAGCUCCCAUAUUCAUGCCCGUUUCUCCUGGAAAGAUCAGAUCUCGACCAUCACUUUGCCGGCCGAUUUACUAUCAGAGUCUCAGGAGUCCCAGCGUCGAUUCGUCCGCAAUUCCCGGGAUCUGCGUAAAUGGCAGAUUGACGAUGAUGUCAUGAAUGCUGUUGCCGACAAAUUGAUUGACAAAAUGCGCUGUUACGAAUUGCAGUGUAAUCUCCUGGUAGACAUCAUUCCUCCAGCGGAGGACGAUCCUGAGGCGAGGGCGGCGGCCGCGGUGGCCUCCAAGAAGCUUCUCAGGAAAUUCAGUAUACUCGUGUUAUUAGACGUUAUUAUUAUUGCAAUUAGUGGUGUUUUUUUGUUGUUUUGGAAGCGGGAAAUUUGAACUUUUAAUGUUUUUAUCGGAUUUAUUCUAUAGGCUUGACGGUUUACACAUGAAUACGCAAAUAAGAAAUUUUAUACUACCUUAUUUGUAUACUGCCUUAUAGAAUACCAGGCUUUCUAUUAUAUUGGUCUUCUGCCCAUGGGGAGGAGACUGAACAGUGAGCAUUAUACUCCGUAUUUGUUACUUUGUUGUAAUGCCCAGAGACAUUG